GGCAUGCGUCGUGACAUUGUUAGUAGGACUAACAACCCUCUCGAGCGCUUUCACCGGCAUCUGAACGGGAAGAUCAAAGCUCCACACCCUGCCAUGAGCAUCUUCGUCGACACGCUAGAGCGUAUUUCUCGCGAAUAUGUGGCGCAGCGUGUUGCUAUCCAGCCCGGGCUCGUCAGGCCACCUCAACGGAAACGUUUCCAGCUGCCGCGUGCGCCGCAGUUGCCUGAGGUCGGCGACAUCGUGGAUUCGGAGGAAAGCGAA